UUAAAUUUCUUUUUAGCUAAAGGAGGAAGCAAAAAGGUGAUGCAAGAGGCAGCAACGGCAGACUUGGAAAUAACAGAAAUAGACAAGUUAACAGCAGAAGUUAUCCGUACUCCUUUAAAAAUCAUCAAUAAAGUGGAAAAAUCUAAACAGGAUAUUGAGGCUAUUGAAGAAGAAGCAGAGCCUCCUCUGCUUCCUCUAGCAAAGAAGGCAAAACGUGAUAGCCAAUGUCUUCCAGAGCUAGAAGCUGAAAACAUUAAUCCAAGAACUGGAAAGGUGAAGGCAUCCACUAAAAAAGUGCCAGUAUCCAGGAGCAGAAGAGCUCCUUCAGCAAGAGGGAAGCGUAUGAGCAAAAGAUCAAGCAAAAACAGCUUUAUCACUCCAGCUACUGGUAGAACUGUUGAUCUCUGUGCUUGGGGAGGUACCUCCAUGGUCACACCCAAAUUUGAUUCCAGAAUUUUCAAGACACCGGGUUUGCGCACACCUGCAGUAAACGAACGUGUUUACACCAUCUCUGCCAAUGGCAGCCCCCUUGCUGAGAGUAAUGAUAUCUUCAUUACAGUCCCUGUUGGAGGAGGGGAGAGCAUUCGUUUAACAGCAAGUGAUUUGACCAAAAAGAAUCUUCUUCAUCUGAAUCCAGAGGCCCAAGGAAUUAUGAAGAAGCUAUCAGUUCGUCUUGCACAAGCUUGCAGCGGUACAAAAACCCAUAGAUGAAACUCAGUGAACGUUGACAUCCCUCUGUAAAUACAGA